GCAACAGAAUUUUUGUAUAUAUUAUUCGACUGUUAGACUCCCAGCUUUAGUUAUUUUCUGAAUCUUCGAACGAGAAGCUCUCUAGACGAUCAUCCCAUCCUCCAAUUAUGAAGUUCUUUCUGCUGCUGGCUGUGCUCGCUGUCUUGGUGGCCAAUUCUUUGGCUCUGAAAAAUGUCUGUGGCCUUGAGCAUUCCCGCAAUGGGGACGGACGCAUUUCCUGUGAGGCUUACAUCCCCAGCUGGUCUUUUGAUUCUAAGGCUAAAGAAUGCGUGAAGUUCAUCUAUGGCGGCUGUGGUGGCAAUGACAAUCGUUUCAGUUCUAAGGAGGAUUGUGAGGCAAAGUGUUUGGAAUAAAUACCACAAGUGAUAUACUCGUUAA